AGGGACAAUAACGCUGAGAGCAUCAAAUUCGUUAACGAAUAUUUAUGCUCUCAACGGUGGUUCAUUUGCCAGACAUUCAGAAUCAAGUGCAUCGCUGCGCAGUCAGUAUAGGCGUGCGACAAGAGCACCAAAUGGAAAUAAAUCAGUGACCAGUGACAUUAAUUCUCAAAAAUCCGAUUCCGUUACAAUAGAAACGCUUGUAGCUUCUCACGAGAAAAGUGAAUCAGAGGACACAACAGCAAUGACAUCGACUGCAGCCACCACGCCAACAAGACAACAAAUGGUAACUUUUCUUGAAGAUUCAAAGACUGAUAUCCGAAAAGACGAAACGCGUAUAAAAAGAAAAGAAGCGCGAACAAAUGUCAGCGUAUUAAGAUUAAUGAGACGAUAUAAGAACAAACUAUUGAAGGGACUAAGAACAAUAUUCAUAUGUGGAAAUAAGGAUCGAUUAUGA